AUGGCAUCGAAAAAACCUCGAGCACAGGCAAACACUACCCCAGCGGUACCACUUACCGCAUCCAAAACUUCCCUCCGACGGUAUUUCGGAGAAAAACCGGAGCCGGAGAGCAAAUCCAAGAUGGCGGCGGUAGAGAAAUCUCCCGCGCACAGCGCACCUUCUAGCCCUGCACCCUCAGAAAGCUCAUUAGAGGGUAACGACCUAAAAACCCUACUCUCACAACUACCAUCUAAACUAGAUCUGGAACUGAUGUUUUCCAAGAUGGAGAGGAGCUUUGGGGACAAACUACAAUCGCUCCACGAAGAGGUAAGCCAAAUAGGCCACAGGGUACAGACACUAGAAGAAGAAGGGAAGGCAAGUGCCCUGCAUCUCACAAACAUACAAUCCCUCCAGCAAACCCACAAUGAAGCCAUCUUAUUCUUACAAAGAAAAAUAGAGGAUUUGGACAAUAGAGGCAGGAGAAACAACCUCAGGAUAAGGGGUCUCCCUGAAACACAGCAGGGGGAGACAGAAGAUAUCAUACUCCUACUCACUGGCCUCUUUAACAAGAUACUGGGCAGGCCUCUUGACACAGUCAUUAAAUUUGACCGCGCACAUAGGGCGCUUAGACCACGGGCACUGCCCCAGGACAAACCGAGGGAUAUUAUCUGUAAAAUCCACCACUUCCCACUUAAAGAAGCAAUCCUGCAAAAAGCUAAGCACGUCAGAGAAAUCAAACAUGACGACCAUAAAGUGCUGAUUUUCCAAGACUUGGCACAAUCGACCCUCAUAGCGAGGAGAGCACUCAGACCCAUAACAACAGCCCUUUCGGACAUGAACAUUAGAUACAGAUGGGCAUAUCCCUUUGCUCUUGUGGUCACUGAGCAAGGGACAACGUACUCUAUCUCGACACCUGCGGAGGUCCAAGCCUUCCAGCAAGCCCUAAAACUACCAAAGACCGCAGUGGAGGACUGGACUGGGCUAACACUGGGACAGACAUCACACGCCUCUCAGAAAAAUAAAUGGCAAAGAACCCCGAAGAAGCGCAGAAGGCGUAUCCCAUCGGGCAACGAACAGACCACAUCACCCAGAGGCACCACAAGCAGACCCACCUGA